AUGACGGCUGUAGCUCCUUUGGAGAUUCGGAUCUUUUCUGAGCUUGUGAACAAGGCAAGGGUUGUGGAAGAGUAUGCGAAAAAAGUGGCAUCAGCAAGAGAUACUUGUGGAGAAAAUAACAACCAUGAGUAUGGAAAAUACUUUCAACCAAGAGCUCAACACUUCAAGAGGGGAGGACAUGUAUCUCAAGGUCAAGGCAACACUAGGAUACCCACUUUUGAUCAGUACCACUAUGCAAGAGGAAGGGGUAAUCAGAGUAAGACAUCUCCGGAUUUAACUUGUGAUCGUUGUGAACGUUUUCAUCUGAAUGACUCAUGCAAGUUAGGUAUAGGUGGUUGCUUCAAUUGCGGAUUGCCUAGUUACAUGGCGAGGGAUUGUACUCGUGGAAGGAACCCGAAUGCGGGUCGGAAUCAACACCAAGGGAGAGUGUUUGCUGUGAACACUAAUGAUGCUGCCAAAAGGGACCCUUUGAUGAGAGGUAAAUAUUUAGUUGGUGAUAAAACAUUGGUUGCAUUGUAUGAUAUUGGAGCUUCGCAUUAUUUCAUUGCAUUUGAUAAGGUUGAGGAUCUAGGAUUGAAAAUGUCAGAAUUAACUUUUGAUUUACAUGUGCAUACCCCGUACCAAACAGUUGUGACUAAAUCAAGUUGUAGGGAAUUAGCCUUCAAGAUUGAGGAUAGAGAAUUUGUUCAUGAUUUAAUCUGUUUGCCAAUGGUUGGGUUGGAGAUGAUUUUGGAGUUUGAUUGGUUGACAAAGAUUCGGGUAUUGUUGGAUUGCUUUGAGCGAUCAAUUCGGUUUUUGCCAAAAGGGGAAGGUGAAGUAGUAGUAGCUGAGGGUUAUUACCUGAAUUCUGUGUUGGUGAACUUCAGUAGAGAAGAGUGUCAGGGUUAUAUAUUGUUGGCUGCGAAUGCAUUGGGUGAUAAAUGGAGGUUAGAUCAAAUUUCGGUAGUUAGGAAAUUUUCAGAAGUAUUCUGGUGCACGAAAUUGUGA